AUCACAUGUGUGUCUGAGAUCAGCUGGGUUAUAUGCUUCCCAUCUGCAGACCCAGAGCUGGGGUUCAUGGAGGAAGCAGGGCAGAGAGCUGGUGGACUGGCCCCCAUGCUACAUGCAGCAGGUAACAGAGGACAGAUAAUGCUGAGUGUGCUUUACAUACAGAUGUAGGCUGACUGACACACACUCCUGAAUCUUGGAGUGAUGCUCUAUGUAUAGAUAUAAUAUUCAUAUCCCAAUCCAUACUUGCUUUGGCUGCUGUAUAAGGGACAUUAACUGAUUUGUACCUAUUGAUCCUUUGCUUUGCAUCUGUAGUUUUUUUUUUCUUCUGAAGUUACUGAGAGAUGUGUAUUUUUUGUUUUGCAAGUUUGCAAGUUGUAAUAGGCUUUAAUAACCUGGAUUGGUAUAGUUCUGCAACUCAGGUGUGCAUUAACCCCUUAAGGACACAUGACGUGUGACAUGUCAUGAUUCCCUUUUAUUCCAGAAGUUUGGUCCUUAAGUGGUUAAGAAAAAAAAAUGCUCCAGACUGGAAGUGCCCAUCCUUUUUAACUCAUUGUGUACAUCAUGCAUGGAAAUAAUUAAGAUUCAGAAAUACCUGUAAAGUUAUUUACAGCGGCUCUAUUACUUUCGUGGGGACUCUUCAUAUUAAGCAAAGCUUGCCCCGUUUGAAAACCGUUUUAACCCCUAAAGGUGAGCUAGUGCCAGGGACCUCUUGGGACCAUAACAAAUUCAUUUUGUUUUGGUGACCAGAGUGUUACUUCUAAGUUUCUGAACUUGCACAGGUAAACUACAGCUACAUACAGCCACCCCUCAGACCAAGAAGAGGUUCUGCCAUUUAGGAGUCUCUUCUUCUGAUUUAUGGGUUAUUAUCAUAUCUGGUAAACAGGAGUUUAUGGAUAUGUACUUCAGCCCCCAGGUACAAUUCGUUUUAUGUGGAAGUUCAGCUGCUAUCGGUUUAAUCAUACCCCUGUGAAUGGCACUGUACAUGGCAUUCUCCCAAGCCAAGUGUCACACAGCAAGCUGUAGUGGUCAUUGUUCCUGGAGUGUUUUUGUUAUUGAAUACUCCACUAAUCCUUACUCAUGACACUACAGGAGUUGCCUGACGUUGGGAGACACUGUUGAACUGCACACUUUCUGAUAGUAUUUUCACGUUUAUUACCUGUCAGGAGUUACAUUUGGGCACUCCUUAAACACUUGAAAAUAUGAGCGUGACUAGAAAUAAUGGAGUGCUUUGUGCUUUGAAGCUGUCAUAUGAGAUCCUUUAGUGGAGUUAUGCACUCUUGAAAUUAAUCCCAAGUAACUGAUUAAGUUAAUCAACUUUCAGCUCUCGUAUUUAAUGGUGUAUUUUUCACUAAGAACCAUUCUCUUGUGUUCUGGGGUGGAGGAGCGGUAACAUGUCUUUCUACAUCACUGGCUCUUUUUUUUUUUUUAAAUUCUUUAUUUUUGUCGUGCAUGUAUCAACAACAAUUACACAGAGCCACAUCAGCGUCUGUGUGCAUCUUAAAGCAUUUGACAAUGUCACAGGUUAAUACAGAACAUUUUUAAGGUUAAAGAGUAAAAAAUAAGACAGAAAAAACUAUUUUGUUAGUAAACAGUGGGGAUGACGAUACGCAAAACUCUAUACACAUUCAAUUUCGAAUUCCGUUUUGAUAAGUAAUGGCAGUCUUGCUACUUACAUUGCUUAUUAAUAUAAAAAGAGGCACAUUAACUGUGAGAGACGCCCAGAAAAUAUCAGGGAAUUAAUGAAAAUAACGAAUCAGUACAGUCAUAGUGCCUUAUCGUGUGUAGUUAUAUGGACUUCACAUGCCCAUCCCUGACAUAUGCCCAAGGAGUCCGCUAUCUAAAGUUAGGUGUUGUAGAGUGCGACUAGCAUGGCAGCCAUACCAUGAUCCCAUUCUACGCAAAAGCCCAACUUGCUCACAGACUACAUUGCUCAUCCAACCGUAUCUUCGUAUCGAAAGGAGGAGAAAAAAGAAAACACCACCUCCCAUGGAGAAACCAGAGGGAGGGGAAUAAAAAAGUAAUAAAGAAGGAUGAGACUGAAAAAAGGGAAAUUCCAAAGUGGAGAGAAAGGAAGGAGGAGAAAACAGCCGAGAUGUAGCGAGCAGAGAAGCUGCGAGGAAAGAGAGAAAAGAGAGGGGGGGGGGGGUCCCUGCUACGUGGGGCCCUUCCCUCUACAACAGGACAAGGUGCCGUCAAGCACUGCCCGAGCCCAGUAGACUACUGUCCCAUGGCUCCCAAAUCUUUUGAAACGACGCCAUUGUCCCCCGCACUCUAGCAGUUAAGUCAUCCAUUAUUCUACAUUCUCUAAUCCUAGAUAUCACUCCGGAGAAUUCCGGGCCUUCCGGAGAGAGCCACGCGAUCGCUAUGGCACGGCGCACGCUUAGGGUUAUCUUAUGCACCAAUUUUUGUUCCCUCCUGGUCCAACCAUCGAGAGACCUAUUUAGCAGGUAUACCAACGGAUCUAGACGUAGGGGUCUGUUGAACGUCUGCCUCAGGAGGUCUUCCACUGACCUCCAGAAGCCGGUGAGUUUUGAACAUUCCCACCACAUAUGGAUACAUGUGCCCCGGGAACCACAGCCCCGCCAGCAGUCAUCAUUAUCUAAUUUGUGCAUGCGAUAUAGUUUCACAGGCGUGGUAUACCACCGAAGCAUAGUUUUCCAUGCUUGCUCUUGGAGAGUGACACAAAUCGAGACAGUGGUAUUCGCCUCCCAUAUCUCCCUCCACUCCAGUCCCUCCAAGACUUCACCGAGGUCCGAUUCCCAUUGAUCCGUGUAAUUCAGACUUCCCCAUUCACCAGUUUCCGCGCUCAGGUGAGCGUAUAGAAGUGUAAUCAUACCCUUGGGGGCGGUCCCGUUGGAGCAAAGCCUUUCGAAAAAGGUAAUCUGACCCAGAGCUGCUGCCUUAAUGCGAGGUUUGCUAGCGAAGUCACAAAUCUGGACAUAGCGGAAAAAAUCCGCGGGGGUUAAAUGGGCCUCUUGCUGUAGUUCUGCAAAUUGAAUUACCGAGCCAUUUCGAUACAGCUGAUGUAGACGUUGCAGCCCUGUGCGUUCGAUGUUAUGAAAAUCUCUGGGAGCCAUGCCGGGGAGAAAGUCCCCAUUCCUAAGGAAUGGGGUCAUUGGGGAGGGGGACGUUGCCAGUCUGUAUUUGAGAUGGCAUGCAUCCCAAAUCCGAAUAGAAUUGAGUAUGGAUGGACAUGUACUCCGUAAUCACUGGCUCUUUUUAUGUUGUCGAUCCUCGUAUUCUUUUGGUGAAUAGGUAAAUAUAUUAAACCUAGAACAAAAUUGGAGAGGUACAACGGAACUCUACUGAUGCAUUCUAAGAAUUUGACUUUAUAGUUGUGGAGAUGUUCCACACCCUUUAUACAAUGUCACAUCAAACCUUUUUUAUGAAUGGGGAUCUACUGAAUGGCUUAGAGCUUCAGCUGACCGCUCUAGCCAAUCACCGGCUCCCCUGGCUAGCAACAUUUUGCGGUUCCUGAAACUCAAUUUCAGAAUCCGCAUGAUGCUGGUAGACCUGCAGAUAUAACGCUGGAGGCAGCCUUCCGUGUUAAAUUUUUUUUUCAUUAUUGUUUAUUUAUUUUUAUUUGCAACGCAAUUUUAACGCAAUAAAGCAUAGUGGAAAUAUAACUGGGUUUGAUUUUUAUUUAAAUACUAGCUCUUUGGGUCUUUGUUUUGCAAUUUACUUGUUGCUUGACCACUGUUUUCUGUAUACCGAACUUAUCCUUUUUAUAAAUAGUAAUAUGAAUUGUAUCCUCAGAGGAAACUGGGAAUGAGUGCGGAAUAGGUAUAGAAAGAAAGAAAGAGGAUACGGGAUCAGGAGCUAAUACUGGGAUGGGAAUAAACGUGGAUACAGUCAUACAUAUCUCUAAAGAGGAGAAUAGAUGAGAAAGCAAUGGACACUGUAACGUUUACCUCCAGAUUGAUAUUAAACAUUUAUUGUGAUGCAGCAUUUUAUGUUUUUAUUGCAAUCUCCUCCACCUCAGAUGCAAUAGUGAUCCAGUGAUCCUUACUGACGUCAUAAUAGGUGAUGUCAUGAAUGUAAAUGCUGCUAUAACAGCUUGAGCAUUCUGUUUGCUCCCAGUUGUAUCCGAGGUUCGGACAGAGCUUCACCCUACAUCCAUAGGUCCCUUACCAUGUCCAAGGCAUAGAGAUCUAUGUGUCUAUUGGAUGUGUCUGAAGAUUUGAAGUUUGCCUCCGCUCAGUUUGAUCUGGAGCAAUGGAGGUUCUAGCAGGGGAGAUUUAUAUUCUCCACAUCUACUUGUAUACCCAUGUUCAAAUAUGGGACUUUCUUCAGAGAGGAUUAUAAACAUUUUAAGCUUUGAAUGUGUCCCGUUGGAAAGAUUGCAAUGGCAAAAGAGAGAGGAAAAGUGCCUAUGGUCUGUAAGGGUCUGUGUAUCAUUUUGUCUGUCUGCCUGUCUUCCACCUACCUGUUUCUUUUACUUCCUGCCCGUUUUUCUUCCAGUCUAACUGCCUUCUGUCUGUCUAUCAAUUUUAAUAACUCCUAAAAAAAACUCUCAGAAAUUCCCUAUCAGGGUUAUUCACUAAAGUGUUUAUUCAAAGUGAAUUUCAAAUUUGAGGUAAUAAUAGCCAUAUUCAAACAUUCUUUGAAGAGAAACUAUAGUGCCAGGAAAACUAACUGGCACUAUAGCUUCCCCCUUUGUCAAGGCCACUGCCCCCAUGGUGCAGAAGGGGGUUAAUAACUCCUUCUGUCACUUACCUGGAAACAGCGCCAAUGUCCCUCGGUGCUGGCUCAGCUCCGCCCACGCAGACGUCAGCCAUGCUCGCAUUAGGAUUUCCCCAUAGGAAAGUAUUAUUCAGUGCUUUUCUAUGGGGAAAAAUCUGACGUUGGAAGUCCUCAUGCAUAGCGUGAGAACGUCCAGCGUCGUUUAGGCUACCAAAAAUCGCCUAUCCACUCGGAUGUCCUUCUUGGAGGAGGAGUUAACCCUCUCAGGUAAUUAUUGCAGUUUAUAAAAACUGCAAUAAUUACAUGCUCAGGGUUAAGGGUGAUGGGAGUUUGCACCCAGAGCACUUCAAUGAGCUGAAGUUGUCUGGGUGCCUACAGUGUCCCUUUAAGUCAGCUAUGCUUCUAAUUUGAAUACUUUGACCUUAAAGGACCACUAUAGUGCCAGAAAAACAAACUUGUUUUCCUGGCACUAUGUAGUCCUUAGGUCCCCCCCACACUCAUGGACACCCUCCUGCUGGGCUGAAGGGGUUAAAAUCCCUCCAGCCACUUACCUUUAUCCAGUGCCAGGCUCCCUCGGCGCUGGUGACCUCUCCUCACCCUCCGACGUUGGCUCCCAAGUGGAGCCGCAUGCGCCUCCAGAGCCACGCUCGCAUUAAUAACACCCAUAGGAAAGCAUUACUCAAUGCUUUCCUAUGGACGUCAGCAUCUUCUCACUAUGAUUUUCACAGUGAGAAUCACGGAAGCGGCCUCUAGUGGCUGUCAGUGAGACAGCCACUAGAGGCUGAUUAACCCUGCAGUUUAAACAUAGCAGUUUCUCUGAAACUGCUAUGUUUUCAUCUGCAGGGUUAAAACUAGAGGUGCCUGAAGUGGUCUGGGUGCCUAUAGUGGUCCUUUAAAUUUUGUCUAAAUUCAAGUCUAAUUCACUUUGAUUUCUCACUUUAAUGAAUAACCCUGGUUAUUUGCCUCUUAAUGUCCAGAUAGAGGGAAGGGAAGUCAUUCAAGCCCUGGUUCCCCAGAGGUUUCCUCCAAGAGUGUUUUUUCAUUUCCUGAGUGCUGCAAGAAUGGCUCUUCCUGAGUCCAGUUGUAUUGAAGAUCUUGUUUUCUGGCUAAUUUUUUAAUAAUAUACAAGAUAAAUCCUGCCUCCUAAGUGACUCCUCUCUCUGUUUGCGAAAGUAAAAUAUGUUUAAUAAAUGUAAAGUUAACUUAUAUCGAUGUCUCGUGUUUAUUUUGGGCAGUAAGUUGGUUGGGUUUGGAGGGAGUGGGCUGGAAUGUGAUAUGCUUAGAGAGUAAACAUAGUAAAUUGCUGGUGAGGUUUUUGCUUAUUAUUUUAAUUAAAGGCAGAGGAAUGUGAUGUGUGUUGGGUAUAUGCUGGUGCAGUAAAAAAAAAAAGGUUUAGGUUUACAGUAAUGGGUAUUUAUUUAGGGAGAUGUAACACCGAUUACAUUUCAAAGAGAUGACCUUAUCCACUUCUCAGCCCGAAAAACAAAGGAAGAGGAAUUAUGAUUUAUAAAAUCUGCUGUUUGUGUUCAAUUCAUUAUAUAAAAUGAAUAAAAGACUUAUUUUUUUCUCAGCAAAAUUUAUUUUAAAGACAUAAUUACAAAUAGUCACUAGGACUGUAUUCACUUUGGACCACAAGAUUCUAAAAAACUUAGCAUUUUCCCAAAUCCUUGUAUCUAUCGUAAAAUAUGCAUAAAGGUUAAUAUAAUUCACCUUUGCAAAUCAAGAGGAAGGAAUCCUUAUUACAGCCUCAUUGAUAUGUGUUUGUGCUCUACAUUUAAUCUAGACCCCUUAGUUGGGGGUCCUCAAUCCAGCAGGUGUCCCCAGGUGUCAUCAAUCCAGCAUUCACUUCACAUUUCACAUAUCGUUAAUGCAGAAAUUUCCAUUCAAUCUGUGUUUUGAAAGAGUUUCGUUGACUUAGAGCAUCAGCUGAAGAUGAAAGGAACAACAUUAGAGGGACACUAUAGGCAACCAGAAUAUGUUACCUUACUGAAGUGGUCUGGUUGCCAUGUCCCUUUCCCUCUUAGACAGCUACUAGAGCCAUUGGAGUUUAACAGAGUUUGAUUCUGUGAAAUAGCGCUGGACGUCCUCACAAUCUGCAUAGGGACAUCCAGCAUCAAGGGAAAACCCCAUACGAAAGCAUUGGGGCAAUGCUCUCCAUUGGGGAGGCCUAAUCAUGCGCACUAGGUCACAACCCCUAAUUGGCUGACGUAAUAGGAGGCGGAGCAGAACCCACCACUGAGGGACACUGGUGCUGGAAUCCGUUAAGUAAAUAAAGUGUUAUUUAACCCUGUAAAUCACAGUGGGUGGGGAGGAGGUGCAGAGGAACAUGUUAGUAUUCCUUUAAUAUUUCUAAAGUGAAAUAGGAUCUUCAACCUUGGCUAUAUCAGAGACAAAGGCCUGACCAUGGACGCCCAGGGGACUCCAGUAAGUGCCAAACUGUUUAAAAACCCUCUUGAAAUGGUCCAUAAGCUUCUCUAGUCUACAUUUACCAUAAUGUUCAGUUAGCCUGAAGCAAAGCAGCCAUGACUUAAUUUCUUAUUGGCUGCAAAAAACAUUCUGGGUGAUGUUUAAAAAUAGACUACUAGGGGGGCGGGGCUUGACCUGCAAACUGAAUGGACGCAUAUUGAAGGGGCUCCCACAGCCCACGCUGAUAUACCCGAAAUACUCACCAACUCGAUGCCUGCACAGAUGCCGGGGUACGCUCCUCACGUUAAGGGCACCCUGGUGUAUCACCCGAUACCUGAAACGAGUAUUUCCCGCAAAUGAAAACUCGUGAUGGCAAGCUGUGGCCUACGGCGGAUGGGGCUGGGGGGAGGCGGCCGCUCUCAUCGCCCUUAUGCCGGGGGUACAGAGCCACUGACUGCCCGCUCCCCCCCCCCCAGGACCAGUGGGGGGUAAUCCCGGUCCAACCCCUCCAAGCAGCCUGGCCUCAACGGACACAGACUGCAAAACCACAUGAGCAGUUUCCAGCAACAACAGCGGACGUCGCAUGCGACAAUACCUGCCGCAAAGAACAAAGAAUGGCCCAAUAUUCUGACCAGGCUUAAUGCCAUAUUCGACACCUUUUGGGCAAAAAUAGAGAGCAGAGCACAGCAGCCUAACAUACCUGAAAAUCACCCACACAGUGAAAAGCCCGCAUGCCCCUGCCAUCCUGGGAACCACCAACGACGACGCAACCUCCCAAAGCCACAAACACAAGCCCCCACGCCGCUGAGCGGAUGGUCCUGAAGCUGGGACUCAAGCAGUUGGACUUUAAGAUGCUGCAACUAUCCACGCCUGACACACACGAUAACCGGAAUCUGCCGCAAUUCUGCAGGAGGGCACAAAAGAACACCAGACCGGGCCAAAGAAGGGACUAUCUGUACCUGCACACUAGCGGCAUUGGGUGAAGGGUUGCAGCCGCGGGGACUCUGUCUGCUGCCGCUAAGUUACGGUUUUCAUUUAUUUUUCAUUCAUUGAAUCGUUGCUCCCUAUUAUGUUACCCCUCCCUAUCCAUGCCUCAUCUCAGCAGUAUAGCAGCACAUAUAUUACCAGUCUGCACUUAACCCAUGGUCACCAAUGACCAGCUGGUAAUUAACCAGUCUUAUUUUACACCCUGAACUGCCUGGCAAAGCAUACAGUUACAUUUAUGUGUUCUGUUUUUUCUUUCUUUUCUCUCAAUAUGUUAUAUAGGCAUGAAAUCUAGAAUACUCGCCUGCUUUACAUAGUAUAAUGUUACCCCUGCUAGCUUACUAAUCAGUAAAUCAUAAUACCAAGACAUAUAAAUCAUACUUCAUAUAAGCUACAUACUUCUAAACUUAAGCGCGACUAGACUUGUUAAAGGCAUAUCCGCCCAACCAUGUUAUAUCAUCUAAGCGAUGUCCACUAGCCUGGUAACUUCAUAAUAUAUAAAAAUGUGUUGACCAAACUGCCACAAUGUGAAAUGCUAUAAAAAUGCUCGUGGAUGCUGUUGUGGCUCCACACGCUUGUUGUCAUUAUAUGCACACAAAAAAAUUAAAGAAUUUAAAAAAUGGACUACUAGUAGAAUAACUACCAACCCCCAUCAUGAUUAAUAAGUUAAAGAGUUUUGGAUUGGGGUUUGGGUAGAUCUGGAGCUCCUAGAAGAAUUAUUGAUUGGGAUAGAAUGUGGUUCAUUCAUUCAAAAUAAACUGCGAUUUAGCUUUCAUCGAUCGCUGUGUUGCACAUAUAAACCCAAAAGGGCGGAGUGGAAAAGUAACGGUCUUCCAUUUUCUUUACAAGUGAAAUAGGUUCUCAUGCAAAAAGAUUUGCAGAGAAAUAGAGGGAAAAAGACCUAGCGCACAGAGCUCUUAAACUGGAUAAAAAUCCACCAAAAACCUAUUAAGACAAUGUGUUCCACUUAAAUAGCAGCAAUAGGAGCCCAGGAGCUAGUUUAGGAGCUUUAAUCUCAGCUAUUUUGACAAUUUAGUAAUUUACUUGUUGAUUGACCACUAUUUUAUGUUUACUGAACAUACCCUUUUGAUAAAUACGAACUUGAAUAAUAUCAUUAUUGGUUCAGUGAUGAGGGAGCCAGAGUGACAUCAUAACCCAGCUCCCGGCAUUACAGCAGGGCGUGCGAUGGAGCAGAACAAGAACAGCGGGAGGAUUACUGCUCCCUCUGCCUCCUGCUCUCCACACUCCCUCGAGCUGACCAACACCCAGGUUGCCAUGGCAACUAGCAAUUUUGUCCUGGAAUCUGGGAUUUGUUGCACCCAUGGGCCCUGUGGUGCAAGGAAGGACAACUGGUGGAAUAGUCCUUGUCAUCAUAGGCACCCAAGGCUCAUUGAUGCACAUGGGGGUAGCAAAGGCUUGCUCUUCUGGUCUAAUCACACAGAAGCACUACUGUAGCUCAGAUUGCUGAAAGACUUAAUGCUAAAGGCCAUGACAGAAAGGUGUCAGAACACACAGUGUAUCACGUUUUCCUGCCUAUGGGACUUGCAUAGCCGCAGACAAUUCUGAGUGCUCAUAAUGAUCCCUAUCCGCUGCUGAAAACUCAGUCAAUGGGGACAUGAGUGUCAGAGCUGGACCACGGAGCAAUGGAUGAAGGCUGCCUGAUUUGAUGAAUCAUGUUUGCCUUUAGAUCAGGUUGAUAUAUAUUACAUUUCAAAGAGGGGAUCUUGUGUGUGAUUUAUCCAUUUGUUUCAUAUAAUGGUUCUGGAGACUUGACAUUUUAAAAGCUGAACUAUGACAUUAUCUAGCAAUGUGCAAUCAAUAAUUGGUCAGAAUUUUAUUUUUAUUUUAUUUUUUUCCUCUUUCUCAUUCCAUAUGUUUUCACAGAUUCCAGUAAUGAUGUGAGUGAUGAAGGACUGCCAGAAGAUCUGCUACCUGUUAAUACAAGUGCAAUUGACCAACUAAGUGAUGGGCUAAUUUCCCACUACUUGCCUAAUCUCCAGAGUUCAAAGCUUGCCUUGCAAGAACUUACGUACGUAAAAUGAACACAAACGGUUACCUUUAUUAAUUCACAGGCAGGGAUCUUAUGAUUUACAAAUAAUAACUGUAACGCAGCUUUCAUGGCAAAAUGACUUGAUGGAACUGCUUGAAAUUUGUAAAUUAUAAAGAAAUGUCGAAUUAAAAAAUACAUUGUUUUAUGGGAUUACCAGUGGAACCCCAGGGCCCCGCAUAUUUGUGCAUGAUUAUGGCGUUUGCAUGGUUCCCCCUGGUUAUAACUGUGUCCUAUGGAUCCUCACUCAAUUUAAUCAUUCUUCUUAGACCUAUCAAUCUGCAGCUAACCCAGUCUUUAGCUCUGUUUGUUUUAAUUCCUGAGCUAUAUUAUAUAUUGCAAGUUAGUUAUGGUGAUGAUUUAUGAAUCUUUAAGUAUUGAAUUAAAGAACCCAGGUUGCUCCCAUUUGUUUCCUUUUUAAUUUAUAUACUUAUUGUAGUCACUGUUUGUAGUAAGUUAAGAAGUUCUUAAAUUACUUUAAAUAGUUUCUAAGCAGCUAGAGAGUAUUUUAUUGCAAUGCCCUGCAAACUCUACACAUUUGAUUAUCUUUAAAACAAAAUCUAUCUAUAUUUUUGUCACAGGCAAAAUCAGGUGGUAUUACUAGACACUCUUGACCAGGAAAUCUCAAAAUUCAAAGACUGUAACUCUAUUCCUGACAUCAAUGCUCUGGUAAGUAACACUAUUCUAUGUGGUCUAUAUUAAGGUGCUUGGAAAAUCUCAGAUGCUCUUGGUGGGUGGGUUUGUUUUUGUUUUGUUUUUUGUAGAAGAGCCAGCUGGGCGUUAUAUGGUUUCCCCGAGAGCUUCCUCAUAACUCCUUUUUCUGUUGUUUGUACGUGAUGAUUUACAUCUUCUGGUAGACCUUGCUUGCUGUGGCAUGCAAGGGAAGGACUCUGUGUCAGUGACUACAGUUAGUAAGUGUGUAGUUUCCACUACAUCAGUGCUCAGAACGGAACAAACAUCUCCGUUAGUAUGAUUCUUGGUUUUUAAUCACUUGAUGGAUCUUUGCUGCCUAUAAGUCAACAUGCUCACUUGUUCUGUUUCAGCCAUCAGUAGUAGCUAAAGGGUCAUAUACCUUUCUACAUGGAUGGCGUCCUAUUCUCUUUUUUUACUCUAUUUUAUCCUCUUACAGUCUCCAAACAUUUCCCUGUUCUGGCAAGAUAUCACGAGUUCCAUUUCUUUUCCUUUUUCACUGGUACAAACAGAGGUCAACAAUGCAUCGGGGACCCAUUCUAUGUUAUUCUCCUCUGUUCCUGAAAUGAGAUACCCUAUUCAUGCAGUGUUACUGCAUCUCUAAUAUGUUAAAAUAGUGUGUCCUAUAAGCAAUAGAAUUGUGUAUCCAACAAGCAAUAAAAAUUAAUUUUAAAAAUAUAUAUCCUUUUUAACAUCAUUUCCAAUUUCAUUUUUAAAUAAAGUUUUCUGAAGCAAAAUAUUACCACAACAAACUGGUGAAUAUCCGGAAAGAGAUGAUAAUGCUUCAUGACAAGACUUCAAAAUUAAAGGUGAGUUUGUUUAUUUUCAUUUCAAUGUUUAUAGUAAUUUUGAUUUACUAAACUGGUACAGUAAAGAACUUUCCAGGUACUCAAAUAAUAUGCUUGUAAUAUAAUAGUUUAAGGAACACUAUAGGGUCAGGAACACAAGCAUGUAUUUUAUCGCAUUUCCACUCUCCUCCUGGAUUUUCACCUGUCAUGCCUCAAAUUUUCACCAGUUCUCAACAGCUUCCAUUUUGUUUUCCCUAUUCUAUGUAUUAAAGGGAAAUCCCUGGAGCAGCUGUGUAAGACAUUUGGUGACCAAGUAUAGGCACUCAACUAUUUUAAAAUAAAUUCUCUGUCUUCAUGAUGUACCUGUGGAAACCAAGUUCUGGUCUCCGUUUGGGAACCAAGUUCCAUUCUUCCUUUGUGUAUUGCCUCUUAUCUAUGGGGAAUAGAACCAAUUGGAAAUCUUGGAAAGUACCAGCCUAUGUGUUUUAAUGAAGAAAAUAAUUUGACAUCACAGCUGGCCAUGACCGAGUUCAUGUUUAGCAAUUCUUAUUAUAGUGCCCGUUUUUCUUCAUGAAUUGGAGAUUGGAAGCACUGUAGGAGUUUUGCAUUGUCUGGCAAUGGUAACGCAAGCCACCAGGAUAGUAUGAAGUGUGAACACUUGGAGGGGCAUUUAAAUUGUGGUGGCAAAAUAUCCCAUAGAAUACCAGUUAAAGUUGAUAGAAUGUUAACAUUUUGUUAUUUUCCUUAUAACUGAAUUGAUUUGAGUCUAGUUUGAUGCAAGUAGGGACAAUCCCAGAGUAUAUGAACCAUGGCGCCAAAAAAGAUUUGAAGCAUUUGGAUAAAUGAACUAGCCAUACUAGCACUAAGAAACAGCAAAAAAAAACAUUUUCCGGAAUGCUUCCCAAUGUCCGUUGCAUUUUGAGAUGCUCCUCAUAAUAGUGACUGGUCUAGUGAUGGUGUUUGCUGAAGUUCUUUCUCCCCCCUGUAGGCUGUCAACAGAGCAGGAGUUAAGACAUUUAAAAUUACACACACUGUGCAGUAAAGGAAGUUUGCUGGACAGUUUAGUUCUGUAGCAGAAGUUAAAAAGUGGGUCUUAAUGAAUUGUGGAUACAACUCCUUAUGUGAUGUUUAGGAUGUGAGUAUAUAAAUAACUGUUUCAUUGAUUAUAUUGUUUAUGUAAGAUUGGAAAAUCCUUGCCAUAUUUUAUUACUUUGAGCUAAACAUCCAGUACCCCCUUUCCUUCUGAGGGGACCAAUCUCACAUAGUAUUGGACCCGGCCUGUCUCAAAGCAUUGGGCUCUGAGCUGGACAAAGAACAGUACUGUGUACAUGAAAAUGCUCACAGCACCUGCAAGUACAGUGCUGACUUGCACACAAUGAGCCAGUUGUACAUGGCAUGCUGUAAGGAGACCGGGAUCUGAGCUCCAAACACGUCCCUCAGGAUAAUGAAAAAUGGCAAUAAUUUGAAAGGUAAGUUUGCAGGGGCCACUUAAAGGGACACUUUUCGGCACUGUAACCAUUUGUUGUCCUCCUUCCAUUCAGUAAUAAACUGUUUUGAGUGGUUUAACGCUGAACAAGAGUCUAAUGCAGACUUUCCCAUCUGUUCUGCCUUGGCUAAUGAAGAAGCAUUUGCAUGAGCAGUAGCGGGUGAUGGUGAUUGGCUGUGAGUAUCAUCUGACAACUCUCAGCCUAUCACAGGCACCCAGUGUCGAUAUAUGAUGUUGUAUGGCUAAUGAAGAGUGUAAUGCCUGCCUUCGCUAUACUUUUGGUGGGGGUCAGACAGUGGCAUUCAGUGUUAAGCCACUUGAAAAUGAUUUAACAUUAAAUGGAGGGAUAAUGCCAGGGGAUGCCUGGAACUAUAACUACUUUAAUGGUGUGAAAUCGCUAUAAUGCAUAAAGCGCCUCUUUAACCGCAAACAUACCCAAUCUAAAGUAAAAGGUGUAGUGUUUGUUGUUGGAGUUGGGAUUGUUUAAAAUAGGGAAUAAUGGGGUACUAAGGUACAUAACUUUUUGUUUUCUAUCAAUAUCUAAAGGGACACUAUAGUCACCAGAACAACUACAGCUUAAUGUAGUUGUUCUGGUGAGUAUAAUGGUUCCAUUCAGGCCUUUUCAUGUAAACACUGCCUUUUCAGAAAAAAAGGCAGUGUUCACAUUUCACCUAGGGACACCUCCAAGUGGCCACUCCUUAGAUGGCCACUGGAGGGGCUUCCUGGCUCAGGGCUGCACAGUAAGCAGCCCUGCCGUUCAGCAUCCCCACGCUCUGCAUGGAGACGCUGAAUUUUCCUCAUAGAGAUGCAUUGCAUUCUGCCCGGUGCAGAUUUUACAAAAAAUCGGCCAUUUUGAUGUCACAAAGGGGGCGGAGCCAGUGCUGGUGGACCCGCGCAGCGCUGGAAAUAAGGUGAGUUUUUAUUUUUUAUUUUUAUAGGGGUGGGGGGGGGUGGGGUUUCUAAGCAGGGGCAAGCCACUUAAAUGGUGGGUUUAGCACUAUAGGGUCAGGAAUACAUGUGUUGUGAUCCUUUAACUCAAGGUUUAAAAAUAUAAUAGACUUGUAUUCCUUCGUCUUUGCAGACUGGUGUAUUUUUUUUAGAACAGCAAGGAAGGCUGCUUCAUAGGGUUACACGAUGUCAUACUGUCAAUACAAUGUAACAAUAUUCAGAGAAACAGCAUUGUUUUCUAGACUGAAUCAGUUACUUGCAUAGAUUACACCACAAUGACAAAAUAAUGCACCAAAGACAAAAUAUAGAAAAUGCUACACUGUCAAUAAACAGUGUGAAAAAUUAGGUAAAAUCAGUUUGUUGCAGAUAUGGCAUCCUACACCGGAUAAUAAAUCAAAAGCGUUGCAGAAUCAGUUAAUUUAAACCCCAAAACCGUCAGAAUCAGUUAAUUACAAAGAUUCUAUAACAUUCAGUAAGAUAUAACAAAAGCCUGACCUCGGCUAGAAUAUUGGGUAAACGUUAAAUAUAUCUCUCCGAUAUUAUUGAUGACCUGUAUGUAAGAAGACAUACGAUACAUGUUAUUUUAUUUAACUUGUUUAUCAUUGUGCUAUCCUUUAAGAGAUCCCUCUCUGUUAUGGUUGAUUAUAUAUUUCCUACUUGUUCUAUGUUAAAUUUUGUGUAUUAAUAUUGUUUUUGUAUUUUGUUGUACCCUAUUGUAACAAUGCAAUGUUUUGUGGACCCAGGACAUACUUGAAAACGAGAGAAAUCUCAAUGUAUCCUUCCUGGUAAAAUAUUUAUAAAUAAAUAUCCGCGUUAACCCGUGGGAGUCCAAGGGCAAGGAAGAGUAUGUGCUAAGGAAGAUGCUAGAUUUUUAUGAAGCAAAUAUGUAUAUAAUGCAACAUGAGCAUCAUACUUGAUUAUCCAUUGAAAGAUGAUUAGACACAACUGAAGCAAUCAUUAAGCGUGUUUUAUGGUCUGCAGUCGUUCAUAUUUUUCUUGGAUUUAUUUUACAGAAAAGAGCUUUAAAAUUACAACAGAAGAAACAGGAAGAAAACCUUAAACAGGAACAACAACGUGAACGUGAAUUGGAAAGAGAGAAACAGUUAACAGCAAAACCAGCAAAAAGGACAUAAUAUGCCAAACUUACAAAAUAUUUACUGCUUCACCAGGAAAUGUGAGCCAAUGCUUGGGGAAAUGUCACAGUGCCUAUCUUUUACUUUCAUGUUAUGCAUUUAGAUUGCGUUUUGAAGAUGUCUUCGUUAAUUUUUAGAGAUUUUUAUUCCUUUUAAUAUGUUAAAUUAAUGUCACAUUUAAGUAAGAGGGACACUAUAGUCACCAAAAUAACUUUCACUUAAUGAAGCAUGUUUAGUGUAUAGAUCAUGCCCCUGCAGGCUCAUUGCUCAAUUUUCUGCCAUUUAAAGUUAAAUAAUUUCGUUUAUUCAGCAACAGUCACACCUCCCCCAGCUGUGACUCAUACAGUCAAAAUGGAAAAAAAAUGGUUGAAUUUUCAAUCAGAUCUUACAGCAUAAAGUUUUUAUCUCCUACUUUAUUUAUACUCAGAAGGCCCCUGUAGGCUGUCAACAGAGCAGGAGUUAAGACAUUUAAAAUUACACACACUGUGCAGUAAAGGAAGUUUUGAAAACUAGAUCUCUCUUUACAGGAAGCGUGUAGGGAAGCUUUGUAAGCCACAAGCAGGGGGAAUGCAUGGCUAGGGCUGAAUGAAAAAGUGUUUGUUUUUUCUCCUCUUAAAUAGCAGAGAAUUGAGCAGUAAGACUGCAAGGGUUUGGUUUAUAUAUCAAAACCAAUUAAGUAAGCCAAAGCUGAUUUGAUGGUUAGAGUGUCCCUUUAAACCAGGCCAUGACUGUGCCAUGCCACAAUCACAAUGCAGUCCAAGAUUUCAUGGCUGUUAUGUUUGCUUUCAGUAACCAGGAUAUACAUCUUGGUUUAUACCAAGGAACGUGGCCUGGUAAUACUGUUAAAUCCGUUUACUCAAGUCGUUUUCCCAUGGUGCUGAAAACGGUUAUUAUCAGGAUAAAAUUAAUACAACAGAGGUUGAGGAAUUGGUUGAUCAGAGAGUCGGCAGAAUUAUUCAUAUUGUAGACAGUGUUCCAGAAUUACAUAACUUUAUAAUAGUGCAAGCUUGAAUCUCUUCAUUCUCAUACGCUCCUAUUUCUGAAAUAUUUGUUUGAGGCUGUGGUGUUUAGUUUAACAUGUUGGUUUUUUUUGUGAAUGCCAUUCAAUUGUUUGGCCAUUGUUUAUUAACCCUUCGGACAAUUAUCCUGCAAUCGUACUGCACACCUGUAGCAAUAUUAACAUCACAAACUGUGAAAUGCAUUUAAAAAAAGUUAGUUGCAAUUAUUGACCUCUGUUUCUGCUAACCCUUAGCAUAGUACAUAUAGUGGUCCGUGUUUUCCAUGACUUUUGGCUGUUUGAGCAUCAUGGACACACCAACAGGUUACCCAUCUCUGGACUGGAUGGGUCUGCUCAACUACAUGGUUUUGAAAAUACAUUUGAAGAUGUUUUGUAUGAAAGUUGCUAUUGUAGCACAGUUUGUCACUUUAGCAUAUGCAAGUUUUACCUGGUUAUGAAUGUGUACCAGUCAACACACAAACAAGCUUUUUUUUUUUUUUUUUUUUUUUGUGGAAAUAAGAUGGCAAACAACGUUAAUGUGGGUUUAAAGUUUAUUGCAGCUUCAUCUGAUUCUUUACCAAAGUAUCAUGGGAGCUCUACCUGUUGCCAACCCGUGUUUAAACAAUUUCAAGAUCUCAGAUAUUCAUUUGAAGAUCUGUUUAUAAAUAAACUAAAAAUUGUGGAUAACAGCUAACGAAAUUGCAAAGAUAAGUCCAAAAUAUCCAAGUUGGGUAAGUAACCGAGUUGGAGCUUAUUCCCAGUUC